GCAAGCACAGUGAAUAUUUGGUUCAUAACUGUGGACAGUAGGAAGAACACCAGCUUUGGAGUCAGUUCAGACCUGUGUCUGCUGCAUUGCUGAAAUCUUGGGCAAGUCUUUCAGCCUGGUAUGGCAGAAAAACCAUUGUGUAUGUCCACACAAAUACCCCAUGAUGAAGAUACACAAAGAGGAGAUAGUGUCCGUUGCUUAACAACGCUUGGUCAUUUUGGUUUUGAAUGUUUGCCUCAUCAGUUGGUAAACCAAUCUAUUCAACAAGGAUUUUCUUUUAAUAUUCUCUGUGUGGGGGAAACUGGAAUUGGAAAAUCAACACUCAUCGACACAUUAUUCAAUACUAAUUUGAAAGACAAAAAAUCCUCACAUUUUUACUCAAAUGUUGGACUUAAAAUUCAGACAUAUGAACUUCAGGAAAGUAAUGUUCAAUUGAAAUUAACUGUUGUGAAAACAGUGGGAUACGGUGAUCAAAUAAACAAAGAAGCCAGCUACCAACCUAUAGUUGAAUAUGUAGAUGCUCAGUUUGAGGCCUAUCUUCAAGAAGAAUUGAAAAUUAAACGUUCCUUCAUUGACUACCAUGAUUCCCGUAUACAUGUGUGCCUUUACUUCAUUUCACCUACAGGACAUUCUUUGAAGUCCAUUGAUCUAUUAACUAUGAAGAACAUUGACAAUAAGGUGAACAUUAUACCAUUGAUUGCCAAAGCAGAUACAAUUUCUAAAAACGACUUACAGAAAUUCAAGUGUAAAAUAGUGAGUGAAUUGGUUAGUAAUGGCAUCCAGAUAUAUCAGUUCCCAACAGAUGAUGAAACUACUGCUCAGGUGAAUUCCUCAAUGAAUGGACAAUUACCUUUUGCUGUAGUAGGGAGUAUGGAUGAAGUGAAAGUUGGAAAAAGAAUGGUCAGAGGCCGUCAGUACCCUUGGGGAGUUUUACAAGUGGAAAAUGAAAAUCACUGUGACUUUGUCAAGCUCCGGGAUAUGCUUCUUUGUAUAAAUAUGGAAGACCUGAAAGAACAAACUCACACUCAGCACUAUGAACGUUAUAGGUGCUGCAAACUGGAGAAAAUGGGCUUUACUGAUGUGGGCCCAGACAACAAGCCACUUAGUUUUCAAGAGAUCUAUGAAGAUAAAAGACAAAAGUUCUAUGAUCAAUGUCAGAGGGAAGAAGAAGAAUUGAAACAAAAGUUUAUGCAGCGAGUAAAGGAUAAAGAAACAACAUUUAAAGAAUCUGAAAAAGAGUUACAGGAAAAGUUUGACCAUCUUAAACGAGUCCAACAAGAGGAGACAAUGAAACUUGAGGAGAAGAGAAGACAAUUGGAAGAAGAAAUAAUGGAUUUUUAUAAAUUGAAGGCUGUUUCUGGAACAUUACAGACUCUGGUGUGCACCAAUAUAAAGAAGGAGAAAGAUCUGACAUGUCUAGUAAGGAGUUGUUCUGGCUGCGGUGAAAGAGGUUCCUGCCUGUUUUCUGCUCCAGGAAUUUGA